GCCGAAUUUCAGCAAAGAACCAAGAUCAUCCCUAUUGAGGUCGAAGAGGAAGCACAAGGCGUUGAGCCACUCUCGGCGUCUGUCUCAACGCCCAACGUCCCUCUGAGCAGCAUGGCCUCAUCUUCGAAAUCCUUCGUUAGUCAGGGCGUUGUUGAAGGUAGCGAGACUAUUCGAAGACAGGAAGGUGUUAAAAUUCCGAUAAAUGAAGAAUCUGUGGCAAGUCACGAAGAAGGCCAAAUGCUGUGUCAGAAUGUCACUCAGGUCCCUACGAGCGCUGUAUCUGAAUCUCGAAAGGUCGUUAUUAGUGGCUCUGAUAUCGGCGAAGCAAGUGAAGAGGCUUCUGUCUCCAAGAAAAGUCAUCUCUCGUUCGAGUCACAAUCCACGAGGCACAAGGCAGGUGAAAUUUGCACGUCUGGAAACCGCCUUCCUAUCGUAAAAAGAGGUCUUUUCUUUGACGAUUCCUUCUUUCAAGACACCAGGAAGGAUUUCCAGAAAGCGAUAAAAGAAGUUCUGGUUAGAUCGGGAGAGGAGUCUUCAGCCGUCGACGAGAUGGCCUGUUACAGAAGUCUCCGAUCACGUCACUUGGGAGAUGAUACUCAGGCUGUUACGUCCUCGGAGGAUGAACGUUAUCAUAAGUUCAUUCUCGACGUUCAAGAUUUUGUUGACGGAGAGGUAAAUGUAGAGGCUGUGAACGAUAGAGAGCUGGUGGUGGAAGGUCGCGUAGAGAAGGAGGAAGGGGGAUCAAAGUCAACAAAGCGCUUCAUUCGACGCUUCCUUGUCCCAGGACACUUCAAUCUCGAGGGGGUUGAUUCUUCCUUGUCUUCUGAUGGCGUGCUGACAAUUACGGUUCCCAAAAUGAAAAUAGGUGGCAGCUUGUCUCAUGAAUCCCACGUCUCUGCCUUAUCAAAAUCUUCACUUGAAUCUGUAGGUCAAGAUCCCACUACCAUCUUAACAACGAUGAAAAAUGUAAAAGAACAAAUCAUCCCUCUCGACGUGGAAGACAGCGAUGGACUUUCGAUUUCGCGAGAACGUGAAGACAUCGCUAACUUCGGCAGCUCCUCCAUGCGAGUCUCUCAAGAAGCACAUAGAACAGGUUAUUCAGCUCCCUCUGAGGAUGAAGAUAUGUUUAUCGCAGUCGUCAAGCAGCCAGAUUACCGCUAUAAGGUUGUUGCCCAAGAAGGAGAGGGUGAAAUGCUCGGCGACGGACACCUGGACGUCCAAGCAACGCAGCAGACGAGAACUGACCUCGGAAGGGAAUCAAAGACUGUUGGCACCGUUGGCGUUACUUCCGGAAGCGGUUAUUUGCCUAUAACUAGGAAGGGUCCAUUUGACAGCGAUUAUUUCUUCGAGAAUGUUCGUGAGAAUUACAGCCAAGCUGUGAGAGAAGUGUUGGAAAAGGCUAAGGAAUGGUCCUGUCGAAGUGACGCCAUACAGAACUACAGAAGUCUCCGUCAGCGCAACCUCAGAUUAGACAAUCAAGCCGUUAACGUCUCAGAGGAUCAGCAUUCACACAAGGUUGUUAUGGAUGUCCAUGACUUCACUGGCGGGGACGUGACAGUGCAGCUAGUGGGAGGAAAGGAGCUCCUGGUGGAGGGGCAGGCGGAGAGGCAGGAGGAAAACAGGGUUUCCAGGCUAAGCUUCGUCCGGUGCUUCCCUCUGCCCGACCACGUGGACCGCGACUCCAUCACCACCGCCCUCUCCUCCGACGGCAUCCUCACCAUCAUUACCAUGAAGAAAUGAAAUCCUCCGUGGCAUGCUCGAGAAACAGAUAUUGGAAGCCAGAGUUUUUUUUCUAGCCAUGAGGGGAGAGUUUUUUACUGCUCUGGUUCCUUCUCGGCCCAACCUAAUCUUGUCUGGAUGUCGAAAACUGAGUCUGAAUGAUACACAUCUGAAUGGCAUUCCAGUAAAAUAAAAUUAUUGUGACA